AUGAAGGCGACUGAAGAAGAAGCAAAAAAUGGAAUGUUUUACGGCACCGCCGCUCUCGGGGGAAGCGGCACACAAUACUCCGAAAGGGCACAGCGUAUACGGCGGCAGGAGAUGUUCUUCAGGCACCUACGGCGGCUUGUUGUCCCCGCUUUUGCGGGUUAUGGUCUUUAUGUGACACGUCCGCACGAGGGGCACUUCAUCCGUUACCUGGUGGACCGCAGUCGUCACGAGGCUUUUUUCAAUGAAAUUCAUUCCGUGGUUGCUGCAGAUGACGGAGACAAACCAGUGGUGGCGAAUGCCGCAGCAGGGGAUGGUAGUGUUGCAUCGGUGUGGGUCCGUUGGCUUCCACUAAACUCUGGCGCGAGUGGAAGGAAUGGUGCUUCCGAUGCUAAUGAAGAGGACGCAAUCAGAAUAGCAAACAGGAGAAAACUUUUUUCUUCUACAGGAGCCUCAGCCUCAAGGGGUGCCGAGGGGACCUCGCCGUGUGGAUGGAAGAGCCUGCCACAAAGACACGAGUUGAGUGAGAAACUCUGGGAGUUAAGAAACAACACCAAGCGCCACGAUGCUAGUGUUACCUCGGACACGUCUGGAAGUGGUGAGAAACUGCUUCCAGUUCGACUAGAAUUUGAUGACUGGCUUUUCUUCGCAACCGGCGCCCUGAUUUUCACUGACCCACUGGGCGCAGUUGUGCGGCGGCACCGCUUCUUUGGGAUAUGCGGUUCCCUGUGGUGGGAGUUGUAG